AUGGUGAAUAGAGUUGACGCCUCGAUCGACGUCUUCACAUUCCCUAGCAUCCGCGUCGAACACCGAGAUCCCGAGUUCGAGUUCGGGACCACUCAUGAGCCGGACUCACCAGCUGAUCACAUUUUCCUCAACGGCAAGCUCUUGCCCCACGCCUUUCCUGUUCAGUCCGAUGCAUUGUCUCGUUUUAACUCGAAUACCGUGGCUCGGGCAAGCAGUGUCAGCAGCAGGAAGGACUCGUUGUUGCCUUGCCGGACCAGUAGCACUCGCAGCAGCUGCAGCAGCAGCAGUGCUCGGACCAGCUUGAGCGAUAUAUCAGAGCAGAAGCCAUUCUAUCAGAGCAGAUCCGCUAGCAGACCGCAGAAUCGAGGUGAUGGAAACAGAGGUUUCGCGAGUCACCGCAGUCUACAUCGUUCGUCAUCUCAGGGGACAUGGCAGUUCAUUAUGCCGGUGCCGUCAUUGAGCUACGAUGGUUCUCGGAGAAGGAAAAGCGGGGAUGCUGGGAGAGCAACAAGUCCUCGUGACAAGUUAGACGCCGAGAGGUUAACUCGGCCUAAACGGGGGUUCUGCAGGGGAUUUUUCCGAUCGUUUUCGUCUACCUGCAAGCAGUGUCAUGCCUUGGAACCUCCAAAGAAGGAGAGGGAAAGGGAUGGCAUGAUGUAUUGGAUCUCUUGA